AUGGCGCUGAAGGGUGACUACAAGAGUGAAAGCCAGGACUUGGCUGCCAGGGCGGAUAGCGCCCACUUGCAUACGCUGAUCCAUGGCCAGGACACACGAAAUCUCGCGCAGUCGCUCGAACAAGUCUCUCACCACACUGGAGCCCUAAAGCGGAUGAUCUCGCCGCUUUCGCUCAUGGAGCCUGUCGGAGCUGGCCAGGAUCACCAGAAUGCGGAGCAGUUGAACAAAUCAAAGGUUGGCUCCUUUGCUGGUGCUUUGGCCUCUGCGCUCAUCAACCACAUGUUAAUGUUUGGCAUGUGCUGCUCUUACGGCAUGAUCAUCUUCAGCGAGGAGCGGAAUGCCGCGCAUCGAGCUCUGGGCGUGAAAAUGUGCCUGGCGGCUUCCUUUAUCGGCGGAGGGCUGAUGUCGGUCAUUUCUGGCAUUCCGGUUGCUAUCGGUGGGACGGAUCUCAACCCCGCCGUGUUCUAUGGCGACUGGGUGAUUACCAUCUCGGAUGAGCUCACCAAAUCACUGGUCCUUGGAGACUAUGCGAGCUAUUCAAGUUCAUCGGGCAGACUGCUCAAGAAGAACGACCCCACCAAGUAUUUCUGCAAGGGUGACCAUCUCCUGGCAAACCCCCAGGAGUGUGAGUCGUACCAUGCACAGCUCCGCGCGACCACCAUCUUUGCCGUGGCCUUCUCGACGCUGCUGCUGGCCAUCAUCUGGAGUGUCCUCGGGAAGCUCAAGCUCACGAGAUACGUCAGCUACAUGCCCUACAGCAUCUCGGAGGCCUUCUUGGCGUGCGUCGGCUACAAGGUCUUCUUCUAUGCCAUCAAGUUCUGCGACUUCGACCCGCGACAAUUCUUCACAGCUGCCUUUAUCGGAAUUGCACUCUACUUCUGCAAGGCUUUGCACAUCGGAAAUCCCACCAUCAUGAUGCCUCUUGGGCUGCUGUUGCCUUUGGCCAUCUUCUGGGGGAUCGCGGUUGCGACCGACCAGACCCCUGCCUCAGUGCGAGACGCAGGGUGGCUCUUUCCUGAAGUGAAGAACGAGCCCUUCUACCUCGUCUGGCUGGACAGCCUGGGGUCCGUGGCGAACAUCAACUUCAGUGCUUGGGUGGCAACGCUGCCCAAUCUUGCAGUGAUGUUGGUCGUGUCGACUAUGGACUGCGUCCUCAAACUCCACGCCACUGAAAGCAAGCUUCCAUUGAAGGUGUCCACAGAUGAUGAAGCGCUCAAAUUCGGCAUCUUCAACUACCUUCUGGCCUGCUUUGGCUCUGCAACCGGCUAUAUGCAGCUGAAGUUCAAUGUCAUCAGCUACGGAGUCAUGCGAAAUGCGCAUGACCGCAGGGCCGGGAUGAUUUACGCCUUGUUCUGCGGCGCAGCCUACUUCAGCACGGUGGAACACUUCAACUACCUUCCCAAGCUGUUCCUGAGUGCACUUCUGUUCUUUGCGGGUGCCGGCUUUGUCACUGACAACAUGUGGGGCUCCCGAAAGUUCCUGCACUUCAGCGAGUGGCUGGAAAUCGUUGUGAUCCUGAUCGUGUUCAUCGCGGCGGGCCAGCUCAUCUGGGCGGUGGUUGCUGGAUUGGUUCUUUCCGGACUUGCCUUCAUCGCCAAGUACGCCCGGGUGCCCUCCAUGGAUGGUAAGCCCAAGCGAGGUGACCAGGUGACCACGCGCGAGCGUCCAGUGGGCGAGGUCGGUCACCAGAGCUUCAUGCACAUCGCUUCCGCAUGGAUCCUGAUUGUGAACCUAAAGGGCUACGUCUUCUUCAGCUCCUGCGUGGCCGUCAUGCGCUCCGUGGAGACGUACUUCCAAAAGGAGGACGAGAACAAGGUGCCUGCCUACAGAAGGCUCAAGUUCCUGAUCUUCGACGGCUCGGCACUGGACGGACACCAAGUGGCACAUCAUCCCCUCUCCCAAAUGGUUCAAACAAGGAAGCCAAAUGGUCUUGCAGGACAUUACAGUGUCAAUUAUAUAAGCUUGAGAAGAGGGUGGGAUGUUCAUUUUGCGCGCUUGCUGCCGUCCACCAGAACGACUCACAGCUCAUGGCACCCCGGCCGGGAAGGACAAUUUGUGGAUUCUCCACGGGCCCCGGGCCUGAAGAGAUACGGCUUUCCCGCAAGACAGAAUCUCAGGUUCUCUAAAGAAGAGAGGCGCCUCUGA